CUCUCUCUCUCUCUCUCUCUCUCUCUCUCUCUCUCUCUCUCUCUCUCUCUCUCUCUCUCUCUCCCUGCUCUCUCUCUGUCUGCCUCUCUCUCUCUCACCAGUGUCACUUUCAAGUCUGAGAUCCAUGUGGCUACUUCACCGGCACGUUUAUCGUCACCAGAGGGGCUAGGGGAUAAAAGGGGAGUUCGGAAAAAAGAGGACAAAACAGCGCUCCACAGUCAGCACAUGGGCAGAACAUUUAGUACCCUGGAUGAUAUGAGAUGAGAGGGGUGGGCUUGCAAAAGAAGGAAUAAGACGCGGUUUCUAAUUUACCGACUGAAUUUGUAGCCGGUCACCUGUGUUUUGGGGACUGCACAAAAAAAGAAUCGCAAGUGUUACCGGGUGAGGCCCAUAUGCAGAAAUGACCACUGAUCAGGAUCUACCUAUGGACGGCCAGUCGGCCACAGCUGUGUUUGCUGCAAAGGGAAUUGAUGUAACAGUUCACAAAGACAAAGGAGUUAUCAAGGUUGUGAAGCGCCCCGGUCUGGGUGGAGACCGGCCGAUGAUUGGGGACAGAGUGACUGUUCACUACACUGGGAAACUUCUCACUGGCAAGAAAUUCGACUGCAGUUGGGACCGCAAAGAACCUAUUUGUUUCAAUGUAGGCAAAGGGCAGGUCCUCAAGGCCUGGGAUGUUGGUGUGUUGUCCAUGCAGAGAGGAGAGCUGUGCACAUUACUCUGCAAACCUGAUUAUGCUUACGGAACUGCUGGUAAUCCUGACAAGAUUCCUCCAAAUUCUCCAGUAGUAUUUGAGAUGGAGCUGCUGAAGUUUGAAGGAGAGGUGCUAACGGACGACGGUGGCAUCAUAAGAAGAAUAAAGGUCAAAGGGGACGGUUACACUAAUCCAAAUGACGGUGCAAGCGUUGACGUGCACCUGGAGGGCAGGUGUGGAGGUCAUUUGUUUGACUGCAGAGAUGUCAGCUUCAUUGUGGGUGAAGCUGAAGAUAAAGGUGUUCCUCUCGGAGUGGACCGGGCCAUGGACAAAAUGCAGAAAGGAGAAUGCUGUGUACUUUACUUACAACCAAAGUAUGGCUUUGGAAGCGAAGGUAAACCAGAGUACAAAAUUGGACCAGACCAAGAAAUCAUAUAUGAAGUAACCCUCAAAGACUUUAAAAGGGUGAAAGAAUCCUGGGAAAUGGACUUGAAUGAAAAGCUGACUUUGGCGACUGGAGUUAAGCAUAAAGGGAAUCAUUAUUUUAAGGCAGGGCAGUAUCACCAGGCUGUCAUCCAGUAUCAGCGCAUUGUUUCCUGGCUAGAAAUGGAAUGUGGCACUGGGAUGGAGCAGCAGAAGAGGAUACAGGACUUUGUUUUGACAUCACACCUCAAUUUAGCACUGUGUUUCCUGAGGAUAAAAGAGUUCUCACAAGUAGUUGAGAACUGCAACAAGGUGAUUGAGCUGGAAGAAAACAAUGAAAAGGCUUUGUAUCGUCGAGGGGAAGCACGGCUUCUUAGAAACGAGUUCAGCAUGGCCUUGGCAGACUUUCAGCAAGUGCUCCAAGUCAACCCCUCAAACCGAGCAGCUCGCGCCCAGAUUUCCAUCUGCCAGAGCAAGAUUAAGGAACAUCAUGAGCAGGACAAGAAGACCUAUGCCAACAUGUUCCAGAAAUUUGCUGAACGGGAUGCCAAGACUGGGAGGACGAAGAGGAGGCGGGAUGAAAGCACGAGGAGCAGCAUGAACGGUGAAAUGGGCACUAAGCGACGGCGGAGGAGUCAAGACUGUCCUUCUUAUUAAGACAUUUUGAAAGGGAGAAAAGAAAAGCCUCUCCAGGAACUAAGUCGUACAAAGGCCUGGAACCUGAAUCUCUUUCUCUCAGUACAACUUUACCAUUCCUGCAUAUAAAGCAGAGUUUGAGCAGGGACAUUUGCAAACCGAACAGCAUUUCCCCUGUCACACACAACUGUGCAACUGCCAGGACUAAACUUCCAGUGGAUUCAGGUCUGCAGGUUCAGUGAGCUGAGGUCACUGAACACUUCAAGCCCCAGCUUUUAUUUUAAAGACAUUAUAAUUUAUUUUUUCAAAAACACAGAGAAAUUCCAUUUUUGUUGUCAUCAGGCUACUGUGUAGAGCUGAGAUGUGCCUCCACAGUGUGUUUCUAAUUCCAAAACUGUAGUCUGACUUGUAUUUUGUAUUAAGCAUUUUCUUGGGCAGCUGCAUGCAUGUGUCAUGAGGUGUUUGGGAUUCAGACUUGAAACUUUGCUAUUUUUUUCAUGUGCAAUAUGUACUUUGUACCAAGUCCUGUUAGCUAAGUGGUAUUUUUUUUUUACAAAAACAAGCAUAAGUAUAAAAAAUAAAUCAUCUAUGAUUUAGCUUCGGUUCAUAAAAAACAAUACAGGGAAAUACAGAAAAUAGAGCAACACAAAUCCAGGGUUCACAAUAAAUCAAUUCUCCUUCAAAUGUAAUUUUUCAAUAGUGUUAUAAAUCACUAAAAUAAACCUGAGGUUGCCAAUUAGCAGACACCAGAGGCAAAGAGAUGAAUGUGACAACAAUCACAAACUUCAGGCCAAUUCUGACAGAUUCACAUGUAACUUUAUGAGUCUGUUUCAAGUAACCACUGAGUUAAUGUGAGACUAACACGUGACAGUGAACUAAGAUGUAUUAUUCCAAACAGUGUUUGAAAAAACACUUGGCAGAACCUCAACUGUGGUAAGGAGAGAAGUAAAAAUCAAAUAUAGUCCUUGUUUUGAGGAAAGAUGAGACAUGUUUUAUUGAUAAGGAGCAGACCACUGUCAUGCAGUAAAUUAUCAAUCAGUGGAGAAAUGCAUGAUGGGUCAAGAAUGAUUUGCUGAAGGUUUGUGUCUUAUUAAUAAGCGAUAUCACAGUACAGACAUUUAUUAUCAGAAGCUAGCUUGAUAACAUCCUUUUCAUGGACUUACUUUUAGUUUAAUCAAGUGGCAGCUGCAAAAAAAAAAACGUUAAAGAAAUAUAUUUAAAGAUAAAUGUAUCUGCGCCUCAGCUUUGGUGGAUUCUAGUGACUCACAACUUUCUUCUUCUGUUGCACUUUUUCUACAUUUAUCUAUCAGCUAAUUGCAUCAUCAGCAUAUCGGCACAAUCUUCAGCACACACAACUUUUAUUCAACUGUUGAAAACAUGCAGAAUCAUUUUACAGGCUGUCAGAAAACUAUGGUUGAAAUUUUCUACCAAGGAAAGUUUUGAUCAUAUCAUCCUGUUCCCACCUUUGUAUCAGACAGAGCAGAUGUGCUUCAGUAUAUCGGACUCUGUGAGCACAAGAGGGAAAGGGACUCUUCACUGAAAAUGAAGCUUAAUAAUCCUCAGAACCACACAUUUCUGCGAUUGUCUCAUAAGAAAACCUUGAUCUUUCAGCUCUGGUCAUGUGAUCAACUUUACAUCUGAAUAGAUCUUCUUGCCUCAGUCCAGAACAGACGUGUCCUUAUUUCACUGCAUCUUUUUUUGUUUGUUUGUUUUGAUAUGUGUGAAUGUUAUUGGAUAGUGGACAAAGCUGCACUUACAUGACUGUCAAACCAACACUGUUAUCUUUUCACAACAUGUCGGGAUGAAAUCUUGACAACAAUCUUGAGAUGUUUUAAAAACAUUUGUUGGUUCAGAAUGAAAACCUCAGCUGUCUUAAAUAUAUAUUGUGUAAAAAAAAUCAACUGUGUGUGUGUGUGCGUGUGUAUGUGUGUGUGUGUGUGUGUGCGCGUGUUAAUAUACUGUACAUUGUUAUAUGUUAGCAAGGUUUUUAAACAGCUUGUUGCUAAGUGUUUUUGAGUACUGCUAGCCCUGAACAGUCAAACUUUUUGUACAGUGGUUAUGAGCAUGAAGAACUUUUUUCUAGAAGUUAUUAAAUUGUAUUUAAAAAAUACUAAAUAGUUAUCCCCUUUGAAAAGUGCAAAAAGGUUUCCUGGCAUUCAUAAAUGAAAAAAACUUGAACCGUGCAAACAGGAGGAAUGAUACUGAUGUUAAGAAAUAACCAUUAAUUGUUGGCAGGUAACCAAAUUGAAACUACUUUUAUCACAGGUGUUUUGUCAUUUAAAAUGUUUACAUUUGUUCAAAAGACUUUUGCAUUGUAAAACAAAAUGUUAUCAAAAUUUUAAAUUUGCAUAAUGCUAAAGACAUUUUUCAAACAAAAAAAUGUGAGGUACCUUUGUUCAUGUUCUUUCUGUUUUUUUUUUAUAUUUCUUUUGCACUUUGAAGCAUUAAAUAAAUCCAAGAGGUUGCAUUGAAAAAUAAUUGUUGUUGUUGAAGCUUCAGGUCAAUUUCUCAAGGUAUUGUUACAUUGACAGGUUUGCUUUUGACACAAGCAUAGGGAUAUAAUCAUAAAAGUAUUAAAGUAUUAGUUUAGAUAAAUAUUGUUUAAGUAAUCUUCCGAUUGUGGCUACAUUUUGCUCAUUGUGAGUCAGAAAUCCACCACGGAAACCAGCGUAUUAACCAGUUUUGGGUUUUGACAUUGCAGAUUAAUAACCUGAAUCAGAUUAAAAUGUUUACACUGAUA